AUGGAUAAAGAUCCAAUGAUUGAACUUACUGAAUUUCAUAAUAAUUUAUAUGGCCCUAUAUCAGAUUCUAGAGAAAAUUUAAUAGAAAAACCACCAGAAAUUAAACCAAGAAAGAAGAAGUUAUUAAGUAUAAAUGAUAUUCAGUCUACAGGAUCUAGUUCCAGCAGCAGUGGGAGGGAUGGAUCAGAAUUAUCAUCAAUUAGCCAUGAUUCAUCACCAUUAUCACAAAGUUGGCAAAAAAUUAAAAAUAACACUGAUGUACGUAUGCCAAUACCUGUCCCUCGUCCACGUUCAAUAUCUAGUAAAAAGUCUUCAAGUAUUAAUGGAUCUAGUGAAAGAAGUAUAUCUGCUACUAGCCCAAUAUCAAAUAAGAGUAGUUUACAAAACAGUCGAUCAGUAACGCCAGAAAGUGUAUCUAUUGAAUUAAGUGAUAGUGACAUCACAGAUAGUUCAAGCAGAAUAGUACCAUUAAAAGUUAAAAUGAAAGAAAACAGAGAAACAAAUGACAUGGAGCUGUCAGCUACAUUAAAUAAUGUUGCUAGUUUAAACAUGUUUAAUGAAGAAACAAGAAAUGAAAAUGAAAACAUUAAACUAGAAAUUUAUAUUCAUAAAACGGAUGCAUUAAAAGUUGAUACAAGAAUAAAACAUCCAAGUGUAAUAAUUUCUAUUAUCGAUACAACUACGUGGGAAUAUCUAAGAAUAAGCGAUACAAAUGUAACAAAUCAAGAAAAAACUUAUAUUAAUUCAAUUUUAACAAAAGAAUUUGAUUUCAAAUUUCAUAAAACAAUAAUACCAAUCUGGGAUGAAAAACUGGUUUAUACUGAAAAUUUUAAACAUAUCAUAACAGAGAAUACAGUAAUAUUAUUUGAGAUUGUAGAUUUUACUGGAAGUAUUCGACCUCUAGUAACAAUGAAUGAUUGGCAUAGAAUAGCUUGGGCGUUUAUAAGACCAAUUGGAUCAAAUGGAAUUACAAAUACAGGAAAACAAAUAAGAUUACAAUUAUAUAAGCCUGGGCCCAAGCCGAAGUCUUUUCACAAAAGUCAUCCAACGGCAAUGCAUUGGUUUAUAAAAGGAAUAUUAAAAAAAUAUCCAAGCACGCUUUACAUUAGUUUGAAUAAAGUAAAAUACUUUGGGGCAACUGAAGUAGUAUCAGAACAUAAUCAACAAGAAUUAAAAUCUAUUAACUCUAGUUCACCAAAUGAAAUUAAUUCUGAUUCAAUCAGUUCAAGUCAAGAAACGUUUCAAGAAUACGAUAUUAAGUGGAAACGUUUUCCUGGUCAAAAAUGUAAAAUACCAAAUUCUGAAAUUGUGAAACUUCAACCGAACUUGGAAGGAUGUAUGUGUUUAAAAUUUAGUUGUGAUGGUUUAAGGCUAGCAGUUGCUACAGGAAAAAAUAUAAAUAUCUAUUCAGUACCCGGAUAUAAAUUGUUUAAACAGUUAAUUGGUCAUCAAGGUUUAGUAUAUACUUUAAGGUGGAGCAAUGAUAAUAAUAAUUUAUUAACAACUUCUUCCGAUUAUACUACCUGUGUUUGGACACUGAAGAAUAACAAUCAAACAAACUUCCAAAUUCUUCCACAUCCGUCGUAUGUAUAUUGUGCUGAAUAUAAUAACACAGUUAUAAUAACUGGAUGUUACGAUAGUAUAUUGCGAUUAUGGACUUCCACCUUUAAUAAAUGGACAUUGUGCCAAGAAAUGGAAUACCACAAAGGUUUCAUAUCAAGUAUUGCUCAAUUGGAAACUAUAGUACUUUCAUCCGAUAGCCAUGGAGUAAUUAUCGAAUGGACGCUCGAAAAUUGUAGACUAGAACUAAAAAGAAUUAUAUCAGUACCCGAAAUACGACAAGUUAUAAUAAGUAAUAUAAUUUUACAUCCAGCCGGUAAACGACUUCUAAUUCAAACCAGAGAUAGUAUUUUACGUAUGAUGGAUUUACAUACGACGGCAAUCAUACAGUGGUUUAGGGGCGGUGUAAACAACAAAGUACAAACAGGAUGUGUAUUAAGUCCUUGUGGUAAUCUUGUGUUUGGCUGUGGCGAAGACGGACUAGUUAAUGUUUGGGAAGCGUAUACUGCUAAACAAUUGGCAUUUUAUACGAAUCGUCAAGAUUUAUCAGCUGCCACUAGUGGCGCAGUAGAUUACCAUCCACACGAUCAUAUGAUAGUAUUUGGGGUAUAUACUCAAAAUAAAAAUUCGCCCAUUUAUGUUGCUCAAUAUAAAAAAGAAAAUGAAACAGACAUUGGUUUGAGGUUUUUGAUACCAAUAGAACAUAAACAAAAAGUUUUCGGGCAUAUUAGUCACCAGACAGCAGAAUAUGGAUAUUUAAAUAAAUUAAAAGCAAAAGAACAUGAUAGUCAACGCAUGAUGCCACUAGUCAAUAUCAUUAAGAGAAUGGACAGUGUUUUAAAUUCAUUUAAGAUAAAAGAAUAG